GGUCCCCUCCACCAGCUCCUUAUAUGCUAUGAUCUCUUGUGUUACAUUGUGGAAGUUGCCGACCACUCAAAACUACUAUAUAUAAGUACUCAUCCCAAAGUGUUUCCUGGUCAACUUUUGAUGGCCAUGUUCUCGCAUGAAACUCUUAUCGGUGCAGUGUUCGUAUUAGCCUUUGGACUCCAAUUAAAGCAUUUCAUAUUGUCGAGUCCACGACGCCGCCCUGAUCUUCUAAAGACAGUUCUACCGAACGAGAUUCUGCUCAAUAUCUUCGAAUUGUUGCCUUUGCAGUCUUUGAUUGUUGUCAGAGGUGUUAGCCGUCUAUGGCGUGACCUGGUCGAAGUCGCACAUAUCGAUCCCACUCGUAGAAGUCUUCUUGAUCUCUACCUCGACGUCAUUCAAUCUCCCGCCUUUCAACUCUCACGACAUGAAGUUAUCCAGCAAUUGAACGAGUGCGAUCAUCCGCCCGGAGCAUACUUUGUUGCUCGAGUAGAAGCUAGCUCCAGGUGGCGUCUUCCUGACGAAAUUCGAAUGUGGUUUCGAGAAUGGCCAACACGAGCCAUUUUUCUGUGGAUGUGGCCAGCUUUUCCUGCCAUACCCUCCCCGUCUGGCGUCUUCGCAGGCACGCAAAACUUAGUAUGCAGGCGAAAACGGGUAUGGAUGCACCUUGACUUCGAAAUGUCAGAUGGAAGCAAUCCGAAUCUUGGGGCAGUUUACCUACUUGGACACGACUUCAACUCGGAUAUGAUUGUGUAUGCCCAUGGAGGGGAGAGGACACAAACUUCUAACAAUAUGCUGUUGCUUAGCUGGGAUGACCGGCUGUUCCCUCUUCCUGGUGGAUUUAUUGACUUUCUGAGAGGCCAAUUGAAACAACUGGACGAGGGGGUCUCAGAGAGGGGCCUCUUGAAAGAAAGGAUUACGUCCGUAUACGAUCGCUUCAUGUAUGAGGCUUCAUGAUUUUGGUUUCUUCUGGCUUCCGAAAGUCUUUUCUCGCACAUGUAUGUGUCUCGGGGUUCACUUUUCAUUAUCUCCGAUAAGCGAAAAGGUCUACUCCCCGCCCCUCCAUCUCCCGUUUGUUUUGGGCUUAACGAACCCUUCGGCGACCUUUGUGAAACAUCUCCGAACAUGUCAUUCGUUUUUGCGAUGUUCCUUUUCAACGCCGGUUGUACACUGGCUUGGAUUGAAGUCCGUAUCCCCUCGAGCGCCGUUCGCCCGGAAAUGUGCCCAGAUGAGCAAGCGCCGCGUGGAUUUGUUCGCGUUACGAGUCCAGGUUGUGCGUCUCAUACAUGACCCUCAGCUCUUUA